GCUAUAAAAGGUGACUACAUUCAUUGUUUUAACUAACUAGUUUGCUUGUUGUCCUCUUGAGCAAGAUGCCACCACCACCACACGGUCCACCUCAUCAUGGGCCUCCCCACCAUGGGCCUCCCCACCAUGGGCCUCCCCACCAUGGGCCGCCCCAUCAUGAGCCACCCCACCAUGGGCCACCCCACCAUGGACCGCCUCCACCACAUCACGGCCCACCCCCACCACAUCACGGCCCACCACCAGCAUUUGGAUUACCUCCAUGUGGACACCACUCCCAUUUCUAUGGAUGCAAUCAUUGUUUGGGCUGGAGAUGGUAGAUUUCUAGGGCCGAGAUGAUUAUGAUUAAUUUUUUGUAUUAAACUAUUUAUAUCAAUUGUGUUUUGUAUGUUAUUUUUACUUAAUCGUGCGUCCUCAAUCCUGAUGCGAAAUUACUUCUGCGAAUUUGGUGUUAGUGGAUUAUUCUAAAAUGCUCAGUCAGUGAUAAAAAUGUCGUUUAUUUUAGCUGCAAAGUGGCAAUUUAAGUAGGUGGGUACACACAAUAAAUCGCUAAUCCUUAGAACCGGUAUUAGGUAGGUAAAGAUAACAGAGAACUAUUAAAGGUAAAUGCGUAGAAGCAAACAUUUACUUUAGUAGAACUUUUCACUCCAGCUAAGUCCCGGAAUGUCCAGAAGACCAUUUGGUCCUCCGCAUCGAGGCGGUCCUCCACCCCCGCCACAUGGCGGACCGCCGCCUCCUCCUGGACCUCCAAUGCAUCAUGGUCCUCCUCCCCCUGGACCACCAAUGCAUCGUGGUCCUCCUCCCCCUGGACCUCCAAUGCAUCGUCGUCCUCCUCCUCCUCCUGGACCUCCAAUGCAUCAUGGUCCGCCUCCGCCAAGACCUCCGUGUGGGCAUAGAACUAGAUUUCUGACCUGUGGCCACUGUAGAGCAUGGAGAUGGUAGCGUUAGAAUUAAGAGUGUCUUCGUUUUUUGUGGAUAUUUUUUUAAUAUUUAGGGUUGUUUGUACAUUAAUUAAUUAAAUCAAAUAGAUCGCCGAUAGUCAAGCAUUUUUAUGAAUGUAAUUUUACGGAAAAAAGGUGUUUUAAUGUUAAAUUAUAUCAAUUUAUUUAAGGCACAAACUGAUUAGAUUCAUAAACGUACAUUUCAAA